CCACUAUUAAAGAAUAAAUAACGAAUCUAAUAUGGCUGCGCCCAUGGCAUGGAUGUCAAGUAUGCACACUGUUGAUUAUGUCGCCAUUGUUCAGUCAUUUCAAACAGACUGCAAAUGAUGUAAAUUUAACAAUAGUCGACCAGUGACGUUCAACGUCUCUGCCCCCAUCUACAAGUUCUCGACACUGGAUAAUCUGCAUCAUGGAACCAGGCAUUAUAAGACACAGUCAAAUGAUACAACGUUCGUUGUGAGUGGCGAGCUGCAUGGUCAAUGUUACUGUACGUUAUGUCCUUCACAAUAGAAACGUGGCAUUGUCUGUCUUCUGAAAACCUCGAAUAAGGAGUUUACACUCAAUUAUCAUCGAAAAUGUACCCUUCAAAAGCAGCAGUUGAAGUGAUCCAGUUGGGUCGUAUUUCCUAUGGGCGUGCAUUACAGGUACAGCAACUCUAUGUUAGGAGACAUCUGGAUUCUAAAGACAAAUUGCACAAUGCUCUGCUACUAUGUGAACACCCGCCAGUCUACACCAUAGGAAUCAGACAGGCACUAUACCCAUUCGAAGAGGAGCAAAGACUCAAACUCCUUGGUGCUGAAUUCUUUCGUAGCAACCGUGGCGGACUCAUAACUUUCCAUGGUCCAGGGCAGUUGGUGUGCUACCCAAUACUCAACUUGGGCUGCUUCAAGAAAAGCGUGCGAUGGUACGUGUGUGAGCUGGAGGGGACUGUCAUCAACCUUUGCAGAAAGUAUGGGAUAAAAGCAUCCACCUCCCCAAACACUGGGGUCUGGGUUGGAUCCAACAAGAUAUGUGCCAUAGGAAUCCAUUGUGGGAGAUACAUAACAUCUCAUGGCUUGGCACUGAACUGCAACACAGAUAUGGGCUGGUUUGAAAACAUUGUGCCUUGUGGGAUUGUAGGGAAAGGUGUCACAUCCCUUAGUCAAGAACUGGGAAGAGAUGUCUCUAUUGAAGAAUCCAUCCCACUACUGCUGGAAACUUUCAGUGAUCAGUUUGAAUGCACACUGCAUAAUGGAGAAUAUUCUAAUAAUGAAUAAACACUGCUUGAAUCGAUGGACCAGAGCUCAGAUAGAGGCCCAGGAUAGGCAAGUGGAGGAGCUGAGGCUUAGGCUGUGCUGCAGGAUGGCAUUUGGGACGGCAGGGCUGAGGGCAGCCAUGGGCGUAGGCUUUGCCCUCAUAUGACAAUCAUUCAGUCCAAACAGGUUAAUAAUAGUUUCCUUCUCUGAGCAAGUUAUGUGAAAGGUAUAGACUCACUCAGCUAUAUGACAUUGUGUACAGCGGAGCGACUUCCUGGUUACAGAUCAACAACAACAAAAUUGGAAGAGCUGAGGUCCUCGGUGGCAGUAAAUCAUCAACCUUGGGUUUAUACAGUGCAUUCGGAAAGUUUUCAGACCCCUUGACUUUUUCAACAUUUUGUUAGUUUACAGCCUUAUUCUAACAUUGAUUAAAUUGCUUUUUUCCCCUCAAUCUACACAAUACCCUGUAAUGAAAAGGAAAAAAAUGAAAUUUUAGCAAAAGUAUAAAAAUGAAAUAUCACAUUUUUAAUAAGUGUUCAGACCCUGUACUCAGUACUUUGUUGAAGCGCCUUUGGUAAUGAUUGCAGCCUCAAAUCGUCUUGGGUAUGACGCUACAAGCUUGGCACACCUGUAUUUGGGGAGUUUCUCUCAUUCUCUGCAGAUCCUCCCAAGCUUUGUCUGGUUGGAUGGGGAGCGUCGGUGCACAGCUAUUUUCACGUCUCUCCAGAGAUGUUAAAGUCUGGGCUCUAGUUGGCCACCCAAGGACAUUGAGACUUGUCCCGAAGCCACUCCUGCGUUGUCUUGGCUGUGUGCUUAGGGUCGUUGUCUGACGGGUGUUGCAACUCAAAAUUAACAAGGUGUUCCUAAUGUUUGGUAUACUCAGUGUGUAUAUGUUUUGAGUGUACAAAACAUUAUGAACACCGUGUUAAUAAUGAGUUGCAUCCCCUUUUGCCCUCAGAACAGCCUUAAUUUCUUGGGGCAUGGACUCUACAAGGUGUUGAAAGCGUUCCACGUGGAUGUUGGCUAAUACAAUCUUAUUCGUUAUGAUGUAAAAUUCUAAACUGAUGCCAGUUCCCCGUCAGUCUACCUGUCCUAUCCUAAAUACUGUCUCACGUGUCAGUCUACCUGUCCUAUCCCACAGUUGUCAAGUUGGCUGGAUGUCCUUUGGGUGGUGGGUCAUUCUUGAUACCUACGAGAGACUUGAGUGUGAAAAACCCAGCAGUGUUGCAGUUCUUGACACAAAUCGGUGUGCCUGGCACCUACUACCAUACCCCGUUUAAAGGUGCUUACAGUUGAAGUAUGAAAUUUACAUACACCUUAGCCAAAUACAUUUAAACUCAGUUUUUCACAUUUUCUGACAUUUAAUCCUAGUGAAAAUUCCCUGUCUUAGGUCGGUUAGG